UGCUUUUACUACAAUCUAUGUUCUUGAUUCCACAACUCAUUGUCUUGUCUUUUCUAUCUUCUCUUUCCAAUCCACCGCUUCAACGUUGGAUCAUCACACAGCCUCAACUCUUUCAAAUUGACCCUUAAACAACCAUGACGUAACAAGAAAAGAAAAUUAUACUAUUGCAUUUACUAUAGAAUCCUCGUUUUCUGUAUCUGAAACUAAAACAGUAUUGACCCUUUUCAGGGUAAUCUUGUGUGACAUCUCAGUGGGGGUCCUCUGCAACACUUCACUUUCCACUUCCCUUCUCUAAAUUAUUCUUUCUUUUAUGCAAUAAUUAUCUCAUAGUACGUAUAUGCAUUUAUGACCAACUUUUAAGUCGGUUUACUUCUACAACACUCUUCUUAUUUUUCUCUCUCUUUCUCUCACACUCACAGACAGACAUCUUCUUACUUACUCUUCUGGUGAUGAAAAAUAGACUCUGAAUUUGUUUUCUUCGGUCUUGGUAUUAAAGACAGUACUACUAAGAAAAAGACAAAGUUUUGAGUUACUAUUAUUAAUUGUGGUGAAUUUAUUGUGGUUCUCAUGGUUUGGUAAUGAGUUGGUGAGAGUGAGAAAUGGGUAAAGCACCUUGUUGUGAUAAACAUGGAGUGAGGAGAGGAGCUUGGACUCCUGAAGAAGAUCAAGCUUUGGCUGACUAUAUCAACAAACAUGGCCAUGGAAGUUGGCGUACGCUUCCUAAGCAUGCAGGUCUCUUGAGAUGUGGAAAAAGUUGUCGGCUUCGAUGGAUAAACUAUCUUCGUCCUGGCAUCAAGCGUGGCCCAUUUACUAAUGAAGAAGAAACUACUAUUAUGCAACUUCAUGCCAUGCUUGGCAACAGGUGGGCUGCUAUAGCAUCCCAGCUACCUGGAAGAACAGACAACGAGAUUAAGAACUACUGGAACACACAUCUAAAGAAGCGUGUCAUUCGGUCACUAGGGGAAAAACAUCCGUGUCUUAUUCCUGAUGGGAAUAUCCUGUCUAACAAUGCUCCUUCUACGCGGCACAUGGUACAAUGGGAAAGUGCGAGGGUUGAGGCAGAGGCAAGGUUGUCAAUUGAAUCCACAUUGCACAAUUCAGGCUCUACGACUAAAACAUAUCCGGAUUACUUUCUUAAACUUUGGAAUUCUGAUGUUGGCCUGUCGUUUCGUAAGAUCAAGGGAAAGGAAGAACUGGUGUCCCAAAGUCUAGUCUCACAAGCAUCGGCUUCAUCACUAUCAUCGACAAAGUUAGACGAGUCAUGUUCUGAUGUCUCGUCUCAGGUGAAAAACAGUCAAAAGCAUAAGCAAAGCCUUAAAGUGUCAACAACACCUAAGCUUGAAAUUGACAACAUGAAUCAAGAACAAAACAGGCCUCGCGAACAAACAAAUAGCUAUAAACCAAAGCUUGGCGACAAUAGAGCUGGUUCAGACUCAGGAAAUUAUGAAUUUCUUGAUACUUCUGAUUCUGCACUAAAGCACCUGUUACAUAUGCCUGAUGAUAUAGAAUUCUUGGGACACACUGACAAUUUCUUGAAUCUCCUUGAUGGUAGAUAUGACUAAGAUUAUCUCCUCUAUAUAUAUUUAUAUAUGAUAGAAUAGUUAGUUAUCUUUGCCUUUUAUGUUAUCAACUUUGAUAUAUGAUAGAAUAGUUAGUUAUCUUUGCCUUUUAUGUUAACUUCAUUUUUGUAAAUGCAUCACCAAGGCAAAUACUCAAAUGUGUAUUUUG